UGCUGUAAAAUUAUUUUAGAUGAGGCUCCAUAACAGGAACCAGGUCUUGUAUAAUAAAUUAUUGUUCGGGAUGUUUUUUAUUAUUUGUUUUACGUUUGUCGUAAAAUAUACAACGAAGAAAUACUACCGAUGUAGCAGGACAUUCACUAAAGAGAGAGGCAUGGAUGAGCGAUUAUUUACAGAGGUAGAAAUCAACGAUAAGUUAGCAAGGUAUGGCGAGGCACGAAAUGCUGAUUCUGGGAUAUUACAUCAUAAUGCAGAAGGAAAUCAAAAAAUUGAAAAAACAGGACUUAAAAAUGAGGGCAAUAAAUUGAAAAACGAUAAAUUUUCCAAAAGUUUUAAAAUCGAUGCAAAAAAUUUACAAAAUGUAACAGAAAUACCCGACGACCUAAAACCAGUUUUAUCGAAGCUUUUGCGACGAAGUUUCGAGACAGAAUCGACAAUUCCGUGCGAGUAUGGAUACUUUAGAAUGGAUGGAAUGGAAAAAUGUCAGCCAUGGCUUGAUUGCGAAGAAAUUAAAGAUAAAAAUAUCCUGAAAGAAGGAAAUGUUUUGGGAGGCGGGAUUGGAAAAAUAGCUCAUUCUGGACUCCUAUAUGGCAAGUAUGUACUUGCGAUUGUCAAAAACAGGAAUCUACCUAAGCAAACUGAUAGAGUGAUGAAAGGAAACCGGAAUCUACUGAUGCUUCAGCCAUCUCCAUACGCUUUGCAGGUUAUAGGUUACUGUGAGGAGCCGCCCAACUCAACAAUAUUAACGGAAUCUUGUGAAAAAUGUAUGGAUUUGGCUAAGCUACACAGAAGGAAUAAUCACUCGUACAGGGGCUUCAGUGAUCGACAAAGAUUUGAAUGGGCAACGAAAAUCGUUGGAGCGUUCGAUUAUUUACACCAUGGACUGGGGUUACCAAGGGUGCACUGUGACCUCCACACUCGGACAGAGGCAAUGACGCAAUUCAUCGUUACCAAAGACUUGUCUGUAUUCAUGAGUGAUGUGGAUGAGCUACCACAGGUGGACAAGGAGAAUGGGGUUUUCCCUACAUGCAAAGAGGAACUCAAUGGGAUAAUGAAGAAACCUUAUUUCAUCGCACCCGAGCAGAGAUACACACUUGAGGAAUAUAAGAAAUAUAAAUCAAGAAAGCCAGUCGAUGAAAAAUCUGAUAUUUGGAAGAUUCCUGACAUUACAAGAAAAUUAAUAGAAAGAUCAAAAAUGGAAAAAUUUUUAAUGAAAAAAUUAGAAAUUAUUCAUCAAAAAUGUAAAAAUUUGGACCCAAAGUUAAGGCCGACAGCAAGAGAUGUUUUUAUUGAAUAUUUGAAAGUUUUGAAAGAAUUUCAAACAUGACAAAAUCUCUGUAUAACAAAUAAAAAAGUUAGCAAAGCCCG